AUGCGCUUCCUCGCGCCACUCAUUGCCUUUGCAGUGGCGGGAUGUUGCCAAUUGUUCGAUCCUCUGGCCUUCGUGGACCCCUUGAUCGGCUCUCAACGCGGCGGAAACGUCUUCGCCGGCGCGACACUGCCGUACGGCCUCGCCAAGGCCGUAGCCGACGUCGACGGGGAGAAGACGGGUGGUUAUUCGACCGACGGGAGCAACAUCACCGGCUUCAGUAUCGUCCACGACAGCGGUACCGGCGGAAACCCCAGCCUGGGCAACUUUCCGCUCUUCCCGCAGAUCUGCCCCGGCGACGAGCUCAAUAACUGUAGAUUCCGCAUCGGUGACCGGGCAACGCAGCAUGACGUGAACAAGACCAUCGCCGAGCCGGGCUACUUCUCCGUCGAGCUUGUUUCUGGCGUGAAGGCGGACAUGACGGUGUCUGAGCACGCGGCGCUCAUGCGGUUCAAGUUCCCGAGCGGCGGAAGCGACCAUCCGCUCAUGCUGUUAGACUUGACGGAUCUUUGGGCGAGUAGGCAGAAUGCGUCGAUCAAGAUCGAUACGCCCACAGGGAGAAUGUUUGGAAACGGCACAUUCCUGCCUAGCUUCGGUGCUGGCUCUUACACGCUUCACUACUGCGUCGACUUCUUUGGAGCCAAGGUCUUUGAUACUGGAGUAUGGGUCAAUAACAGAGCUGGUAACGAGCCCAAGGAGUUGUUCGUCACUAGAGGGUUCAACCUGUUCUAUCUCGAGGGUGGCGGCUUCGUACGUUUCAAGGAGCUGACCAAUGACACUGUCACUGCCAGGGUGGGAGUCUCGUUCAAAAGCAGUGAUCAGGCAUGCCGUAAUGCAGAGAAGGAGAUUCCAGAUCCGCUGAACACCUUUGAUACGCUGGUGAAGACAGCAAAGGACGCUUGGAGAGAGAAACUGAGCCCCGUUUCAGUCAAGGCGGCUGGCGCAACGGAAGACUUGCAAAAGAGUUUCUGGAGCGGCUUAUACCGCAACAUGAUUUCUCCUCAGAACUACACUGGCGAGAAUCCGCAUUGGGACAGCGGAAUCCCUUACUUUGAUUCAUUUUACUGGCAAGCUUCCAUUCAUUUCAUGUCUCCAGAUCCCCUUCUCUAA